AUGGCCCCCCUUCUCAUGAUAGCGGCGUCCGCCACACUUUUCAUCCCCCUCCUCGCCUACUGCCUCCUGGCCUUGUGGGAUCUCGCGAAGUCUCGCAAGUGGGCCCACAUACCGGGGCCCAGCGUGGUGGCCCCCUUGGGCUACGUGGGCCUGGGGUCCCAGCCGCACCUGAGGGCGGCGCAAUACUGCGCGAAGUACGGGCCGGUGUGCAGGCUGCGGCUGGGGCGGGAGCACGCCGUGGCGGUGACGGACCCCGUGCUGGUGGCGGGGGUGCUUGGGGCGGGGGCGGAUGGCCUGCAUGACAAAUUUGAGGAUCUGUACGCCGCGUGGCCGUUCCUGGGCGCCAAGAAAACUGCAUUCCUGUCAUCUGGCGCCAAUCCUGACUGGCGCUUCAUGCGCGGGAAGCUGCAGCACCCCUUCUCGAUUUCAAACAUGAGGCAGGCAUACCCUGGCAUAGUCGGCUGCACUAAGCAACUCGUGGAUUUCGUCGAAGGCGCUGCCGAAGGGCAGGAACUGGAGAUGGACGUCCUGUUCAGGCAGUACUCGCUGUCCGUCAUGCUCAGGGUCUUCUUCAACACCGGGAUCGAUGUGGACAAGUACAAGGGAGAGUUGAGCCGCCAUAUGACGAGGGCGGUUGGCGACAUGAAAUGGCCGGCCUCCGGGGUCCCGGGGCCCGACUCCUCGGACUCAUUUGCCUGGCUCACCGACUUCUUCCACUUCAUGGCCCAACUGACCCAAUCAAAGGCGGUGGCACCCGGAGAGGAGUCGCGCCAGCUGUGGGCGGCACUGGCUUCCGUCAAGGGCAUGGACGUGGACGCGCUGCAGGCGCACAUCGGUUUCCUGUUGGUGGCCGGCCAUGAUUCGGUGGCGGCGGCGAUUGGAUGGUCGCUGUACUGCCUGGCCACGCAUCCCAACUGGCAGGUGAAGGUUGCGCGGGAGCUGCAGGCGGCGCGGAUCGGGGAGAAAUGGGAUGCCGAGGCUCUGGAGUACUCUGACGUCAUGGGCCUUAGGGUUCUGUACAAGGUGGUCCUUGAGGCCAUGCGCCUGUACCCAGCCAACCCGACGGGGACGCUGAGGAAGCUCAAUCAGGACCGCCAGGUCGGCAAGCACCUGCUACCCAAGGGCACCGCCCUGUGGGUGCCCACCUACGCCGUGCACCGCAGCGCCGCCAACUGGGACGCGCCCGCCGCCUUCGACCCAGCACGCUGGGACGCCGAGAACGCCUCCGAGGGCCGGCGGGGUGGCAAGCGGUACAUCCCCUUCGGCUCGGGCCCCCGGGCCUGCCUGGGCCAGGCGCUGGCCAUGGCGGAGGUCCAGACGGCGCUGGCGGCGCUGCUUGCGAAGAGCGCGUUUCGGCUGGCGCCGGGGAUGUCGAGCAACGGGGACGAGGUGGCGACGUUUAGGGGGACGUUGGGGUUCCAGGGGGGGCUCAGGAUGGUGGCCGGCAGGAGGGGGGACAAGGCUUGA